UUAAAAAAAAAAAAAAGAAUCAGCACCACUUGCCGAAGCCUGCCACCGACCGGAUCCACCACCCGCCAUGUCUCCCCGGCCGCCACUGCGUCCGUCCCACCGGAGUCCACGGCGAUUCUCCGCAGCCUGCUGUCUCCUACUCCUGACCCUCGCGUUCCUCCUCCCCUCCGCCGCCGCCAAGUCCUCUCGCCGACCCAUCACUGACACCGAGAUCCGGCAGAAGAAGGAGGCCUGCUACACCGACGUUGAGAACGGGCUGUGGGGGUGGGCGUGCAGGUCGUCGCCGACGGAGAAGGAGAACUGCGUGCUGCGUUGCCUCUCGCCGGAGUGCUACGACCUUAUAUACGGCGGCGACCCGCUUGAGGAAGGGGAGUUGGACUAUGUCCGUGGCCAGGAGUACAAGUACUGCAUGCACAAGUCGUCCCUUGGAGAAAGCUUGGAUGGCGUGAAGGGGUCCUUCAGUUACUGAUCAAGGAAGCAAGAAGAGAAGAUUCUGUGAGUCUCCUGUAAAUUGCCAUCUUGCCUAGCCUUCCUUGGAGGCCAUGUGAGAUGGGGGUUCGAACCCCCGCCGGCUCCCUCCACCUUUGGAGUUUUGCCACUGGGCUACAAGCCUGUCCGCUCCCCUAUCACAAAUUCACAGGUAUGGUAUGUUUUUUCUCUAUGGAAAGUAGCCUGGAUGUCCCAAAGUCAGAUACCUUAGGGAUGAAGUUCUCAUCAAGAAGUAUGUUGCUUGAUUUCACAUCUCCAUGGAGGAUCUUCUGAUUGGUAGAUGAAUGCAUGUAGGAAAGAGCUUCAGCCGAGUCAACAGCAAUGUCCAGCCGUGUCCCUAAUGAGAGAGAAGUUUUUGUAUUAUCCUUAGUUCCAUGAAGAACAUCACAGAGGCUUCCUUUUUGGGCGAACUCAUAGACCAACAUCGGAACAUCCACCUCUAAGCAGCAUCCUAAGAGCCUGACGACAUUUCUGUGGCUAAUUCGAGACUGGAUGAUCACUUCGUUUGCAAAUUCCUUUCCUCUUGCCACGUCGACCCAAAUGGAGCACUUCACUAGCAACAUGUUGGUUGUUGUCUAUGGUUCCCAUAUAUACCUCGCCGAAGCCACCUUUUCCAAGAACAAUGCUAAAUUU